AUGGUGGUUGCUCGGAAUUCGCCAGUGGAGGAAUGUUCGGUGCAUUAUUGGGAAGGUCAGCCGCAUGACGAGAAGGGUAUGAUGGGAGGUUUUGAGUAUUUGUCUCCUCGUGACGAAGCGAAUUCUCGACGGAUGAUAGAAGCGUAUUUGUUAAGAGGCCGGAAAUAUUUUGAGUACGUCGCGGAGUUGGGCGCAGGUAUUGGUAGAGUGACGACUCGAGUCUUGUUGCCAUAUUCGGAGCACAUUGAUGUCUUUGAGCCAGUUGCCGCCAACCGGGAAGUGGCCCUGAAGACGUUGCCCCAUGACAGGUGUACUUUUUAUCCGGAUACGUUACAGCAAUGGACCCCGAGGCGGGAGUCGUACGAUCUGAUUUGGAUACAGUUUUCCCUGAUAUAUACAUCUGACGACGAAUGCCUCGCGCUACUAAAAAGAGCCCAAAGAGCCGUCCAGGGCAGGCGAGGCUACGUUGUCAUAAAGGACAACAUGCCACUGGGAAAUGCCAAGCCGGUGCAAGACUCUACUGACGGGUCAGUCGUACGAUCCACAGACCAUCUACUCAGACUGUCCACCGCAGCCGGACUGAAACUCAUUCGAAAUCACCGGCAAGACCACUGGCCAAUAGCAUUGUACCCCGUCUCUGCACUGAUACUCCAAUCGUCCUAG